AUUUGUUAAUUGAUGCUAGUAACCUAUCUUGUUUCCAAAGGCCCUGUUUUAAAAUUGGGUAAGGCUUUGACCUCUCUAACCCUGGUUUAAGGUUCCAAACAACUUCCAUCAGGGGAAAUACUUGACUUUCUUGGAAGUGUUUAUCCUGAAUCCCGCCAAAUCUGAGUUGCCUGUUGACAUGUAUUUGUCUCUCAGAUUUCAUGCAGAACGUGCCAUAGACAUCAUAACUCACAUUCUUCCCGAGGACCAUCUGCUGCUGGCCUCCUCCAAAAGAGUCAAAGCUCUGAUUCUGGAGGAAAUCGCCAUUGACUGCCACAAUAAGGAGACAGAGGAGCGCCUCCUUCAAGAGGCUCAUGACCUUCACCUGUCCUCCCUGCAGCUGGCCAAGAAGGCCUUUGGAGAGUUCAACGUCCAGACCGCCAAACACUACGGCAACCUGGGACGACUCUACCAGUCCAUGAGGAAGUUCAAGGAGGCGGAGGAGAUGCACAUCAAAGCCAUCCAGAUCAAGGAGCAGCUUCUGGGCCAUGAGGACUACGAAGUGGCUCUGUCUGUGGGUCACCUGGCCUCCCUCUACAACUACGACAUGAACCAGUACGACGACGCAGAGCGGCUCUACCUGCGCUCCAUCGCUAUCGGUCAGACAGGGAGGGGGUGCAUGCUUUUUGGGGUUUUCCUUUCUUUUUGGGGUGUGUUAUAUAGGUUAUGCAUGUACAUGGUCUGUAAAGGCUUAAGUUCCCCCCUGCCGCCUGAAAACGCCUCCAUCCGACUCCUGAGUUUACUUCUGUAACAUAGUGACAUCACUAUGUAACACUCACACAUCUAUUAGCGAGCGCUUCAACACAUU